AUGUCUCAUACUCCACGUGAGACCUUGUUGUCGCUGAACGCAAGUAUGCUGUCGCCACCCAAGACACCAGCGCGUGAGCAAAACACCAACGACGGCUCUUGCACGUCGAUUACAGGCCACUAUCGCCGCAAGGAAGUUAUUGAUGGUGAUGUGGUGCGGACUUACGAGUCACGAUACCGUCGACGACAGUCAAGCCUAACCAACAGUGAGGGUUAUCGCCAGCAGCCCAGCGGAGUAACUGCAGAAUCUCGAGAGCGAGCUUUGCAGACUGCAAUGGAGUUGCCAUCAUCGGUGCUCAUCGUGCAGGGUCUUCGCCGAUUAUUGAAUUCAGACGAACCGUUAUAUGAUGACUUGAAAAAGGAGCAGAGAGCACAACUUCAAAAGGAAUAUCUUAAAGAAGUUGGGGCCGUCGAAUAUGUCUGCGAUGCUCAAAGACCAAAAGUCAACUCCCUUCUGUCGCCGCCUGCAAGCCCUAGGGGAAGGGUCUUCUCGCAAAAGGUUGGUGUUAGCAAUGAGGAAAGAUUCUGCGAGUGUUGUCGGAAUCACUGCCUGCGAAGUACCUCCAACGAUGCUUUUUGA